AUGCACAAGUUAAACACGCUUUUCUCCACCUCGCACACGAUUUCAACUGGCAUUACCGCCGCAGCAUUUGAAUUCUGGGCAUCCUUAGGUGUGGUCGCCUUGGGUUAUCGUAACUAUUAUAUCGCGCAAAGAAAGCUCAAAAUAACUGAAAAUAAAUUUACGAAACCGCCGCCCUCGGCUUUAAGGUUCAUAACAUCUCCUCAACUAUUUGCGCAAUACCACUCCAAACCGAACCCGUAUGCCAUCGCAAAUCCACGCGAUGCGAUUUACACCAUUGUCGAGGGCGCUUUUAACGCGGUGUGCCAGCAGUUUAAGGAAGUGAUAUUUUUGGCUCGGCUGCUACGAAGGGGGUGGUGCCUCGGUUUAAAUAAAGCGUCGCGGUUUUGCAUUAAAACCUGUAUGGGCACGGGAGCACUCGUUACCCGAGAUAAUGGGGUUUUACCAAGAUAUGGCGGUUGCCGUAUAAGGCGAGGAGGUUUUGAUUAG